AUGCGUUACAGCUGUAAUGGUUCUUCUACCGAUGACAUUUUUGCUCUUCUUUAUGGAGAAAAAAGAACAAGCUCUGAAAGUUUUGAAGUUUGUAGUAUUACCCACUUGAUUGAACUUCUUGUUGAAAACGGUCAACUGGACGAUGAAUUCUAUCAAGCUCGAAGAAGACACUGUAUGAACCUUACGCCGAGAGUCAUUGAGUUGGGUCAUACGGCAUGUGUAAAGUUUUGCGACAACCUUAACCUUACCGUUCUUGGGUGCUGUGUUCUGGGAGAACAAGUUACUCCAGUCAUGUAUUCUAUCAUUCAAAAAGUACAAAAUCUUACCGACAAUCAAUGUAUUUUCCUUUUGCUCUUACCUACGGAUUUUAACUUGGAGCAAAUGAAAGUUUUUGCCUUACCACCUACUACGUCUUCUGUUGUCGAGUCUCUUCAGUGGAAGCAAAUCCCUUGGACCGUUCGAAACGCCCCCAGUGGAUAUUAUCCUGCACUCCAUUCGUUAAAUCAAGCCCUUCAAUCCUCAUCUUCACGUGGAAUCUCUCGUUCACAUGCCGCUAUAGUUGAGUCUUUAUUCCGUAAAGCCGAGCUUCUGAAACACCGACUUGUUUAUAAACCACACACGCUUUCAAAAUCCGACCUUUGCAAUAUCUCACACAUUUGCCGGCUUAUUGACUCUUUGAGUGGCUCAUCCGUCAUGUUGGAUAAAGAGCUAGGACAUGCAGAAUCAUUUAAUACGUUAUAUCGGGUACUUAACGAUGUUGGGCUUAUCGAGCGCUUUCUUCAUCGAGCGACCUAA